UCUUUUUUUUUGGCCCAGGUUUGCAGCGGUGGCAGCACUCAUGGCAGGUCCCCUGUGGCGGGCCUCAGCAUUUGUGCAGAGACACAGGACGGGCCUGUUGGUGGGUUCCUGUGCAGGCCUGUUUGGGGCCCAAAUCUCAUACCACCUCUUCCCAGAUCCUGUGGUCCAAUGGCUGUACCAGUACUGGCCUCGGGGCCUGCCAGCCCCGUUCUCCCCAGAGCUGCAGAGACUCUUCCAAGAAGUGCUACAGGACAUAGGCGUCCCCUCAGGCCAUUGCUACGAGGCCUUCACCACCUUCACCUUCCAGCCUGUGAGUGCUGGCUUCCCGAGACUCCCUGCUGGGGCUGUGGUGGGCAUCCCCGCCAGCUUCCUGGGGGUCCCAGUGACCAACACUGACCAGCCUGUGAUCGUACAUGGGCAAAGAGUGAACUGGCAGAGCCCAGCAGGCGCCCGGCUGAGAGACGCCCUGACCCUGUCCCAUGACGCCCAGAAGUUCGCCCUGGCCCGGGAGGUGGUGUACCUAGAGAGCGGUGCAGCUGCCCUGCAGGCCCUGCCAGCCCCAGCUUGCCUGGCAGGAACCUGGGCACUGGGCGUGAGUGCCAAGCAUGCCCUGGGGCUCUAUGGAGGCCCCAUGAGCUUACGAGCUGCCUUCAACUUGGUGGCAGCAGUGGCUGGCUUUGUGGCCUACGCCUUCUCCACGGACUCGCUCACUCACGCCCUGGAAGCCUGGUUGGACCGCCGCACGGCUUCCCUGUCUGCAGCCUAUGCCAGGGGCGGAGUGGAGUUCUAUGAGAAGGUCCUGUCGGGCAACCUGGCCCUGCGCGGUCUCUUGGGCAGGCCUGGAGAGAAGCUGUACACGCCCAGCGGGAACGUCGUUCCCAGACACUGGUUCCGCAUCAAACACUUACCCUACACGACCCGCCGGGACUCAGUGCUGCAGAUGUGGAGGGCGACGCUCACCCCAGGCCGCUCCUGAGGGGCUCAUCUCAAGGACGGUUCCAGCUCGUGCAGGCGCCACCCUGCCGUUGACUCUUGGGGCCUC